CAAGAGCGGCCGCGUGACGUCAGCAUGGAAAAAAAGAGUAUUGCCAUGGCAACCAAUUUCUUCGUCGCAACCCAUCCUUGCAGCACAGGCACCCUCUUCAACCGAAAAAGGCUACUUCUGACAACAAAAAAAUCGACCCUGACCAUAUAUCCUGUAAUACCAGACCGUGUGAAAAAGGAGGAAAAAAGUGGUGCACAAGUACAACUAAAUGCAGUGACAUCAUCCCGUAUCCCCGCUAACGACAACCAUGAUUAACAUUUUAAAGCAGAAACAGCAAAGCAAGAUAUGUGAGACAAAAUUGGGGAAAGACGGUCUGAGAUGAACUGUGAAUGCUCUGCUGCUUCACAAGGUGUCUGCGCUAAUGCUGUCAGUCUGUAGUGUAUAGCAGGACACGUUUAUUUACCGUUUACUCUGUAUUGGCGUCCCUGGCGUGACAGCUGCACAAACAAAGCCAAUUAAAGGCACCUUUAUCAAAUCUACGUGGAUGAUGACUUUUUGUUUUGUUUUGUUCGAGCUCCAACAGCACGGAGUCAGAGGAACACACACGGACAGACUGUAGGUUGCUGUGGUUCAUGGAUAAUCAGUUCUCUCCUGUGUGAACUUCCCUGCAGUGCAAAUUGCAACCCCUUCCUGUCACACCUCGUCCAUUUCACCUUGACUCUGCACACGUGCCCUCUCAUCUCUCCAUUCCUGCACUUCCCUACCCCAGCACCACCUUUUUGCCAUCUGGUCACUGAGGGAGUUGGGAUGAUGCCAGUCAUGCACACCUUCGUUUCCUAUUUCAACCAGGGCUAAUCAGAGGCGUCUCCAAAACACCCCUCCUCGCCACACACACUUCAGCCGGCGAGAUGGGUGACUGUAGCUGGGUAUGUCUGAGCCCAGCCGAGUUCUCCCAACUUCAGCAAUACAGCGAAUAUUCCUCUAAGAAGCUGAAAGAUGUUUUGGAGGAGUUCCAUGGAAAUGGUGUGCUCUCCAAAUACAACCCAGAGCAGAAGCAAGAUGUUCUCAACCAACCCAUCGACUAUGAAGGCUUCCAGCUCUUCAUGACCACCUACUUAGAGAAUGACAUCCCCGAAGAACUGUGCCAACAUCUCUUCACUUCGUUCAAGAGUAAGACUGGAGCAAGCAGUUCCCCUGAUAUUCCACGUACCGGAGCAGCACUGCUCGAACCCAAGUCAAUUGAUGCAGGUAUCUCAAUUCAGACAGAGGUGGCCUGCGCUCCUAUAACAGGGAUGAAUGGGAAAAGUAUUCUCAGUGCUAUGGCCAGACACACUCCAGAGCACCCAGCUGGUGUGAUGCCAGGAUCAGGUGCCACCACCUCACCAUGUUCGUCCCGCUCCUCCUCACAACGCUCAGGCACAGGGGGUCACACUCCCCAUCGCUCACCCAAACCUUCAGCAGGUAGCAGCUGCAAUGCCUUGGCACCCUCCAAAAGUGCCAACUCCCCUCGACUCUCCCCAGAGCGAAGUCGAUCAGACAAGGGGAUGUCUCUGAGGAAAAGUCCAUCCCCUCAGAAGAGCUCCACUCCAUCCUCGCCACAGAUUGUCUUCCUGAAAGACAUUGUGUGCUACCUCUCUCUGCUGGAGCGAGGGACUCCAGAGGACAAACUAGAGUUCAUGUUCCGGUUGUAUGACACGGAUGGAAAUGGCCUGCUGGACAGCUCAGAGCUGGACCGUAUCAUCAAUCAGAUGGUCCAUGUAGCGGAAUACCUUGAAUGGGACUCAACAGAGCUGAAGCCGAUCUUGAAGGAGAUGAUGGAGGAGAUUGACUAUGACCAUGAUGGAACAGUCACACUAGAAGAGUGGAUCAGAGGAGGAAUGACCACUAUCCCCUUGCUGGUACUACUGGGCAUGGAGACGAAUGUACAAGAAGAUGGGCAGCAUGUAUGGAGACUGAAGCACUUCAACAAGCCAGCAUACUGUAACUACUGUCACACUAUGCUGUUAGGAGUGCGCAAACAAGGCCUUUGCUGCUCACUAUGCAAGUACACAGUCCACGAGCGCUGUGUGUCCAAAGACAUUGCUGCUUGCAUCAGCACUUAUGCCAAGUCCCGCAGACACACCAAUGCUAUGCAGCAUGUAUGGAUGGAGGGCAAUUCUCCAACCAAGUGUGAUCGAUGUCACCGCAGUAUCAAGUACUACCAGGGCCUUACUGGCCUUCAUUGUGUUUGGUGUCAAAUUACUCUCCAUAAUAAGUGUGCAUCUCAUGUGAAGCCAGAUUGUGAUGGUGGAGCACUGAAAGACCACACCCUUUUGCCAUCUUACAUCUGCCCUGUUGUUCUGGACCGUCACUCUGUAGUAAAAAGAGGAGAGGGCGAGUCAUCGCCCAACACCAGUCCUGAUGACUCCAACCAGUGCUUUAAGUUCACUGGAGAUGGUCAAGCACUACAGAUCACCCCUCUUCCUGGAACACAUCCUCUCCUGGUGCUGGUUAAUCCGAAGAGUGGUGGUCGACAGGGAGAAAGGGUAUUGCGGAAGUUCCAGUACCUGCUUAACCCCAGACAGGUUUACAGUCUAGAUCGUGGAGGACCCAUGGUAGGAUUAAACUUUUUCCGUGAUGUGCCUGACUUCCGAGUAUUGGCCUGUGGAGGAGAUGGAACAGUGGGCUGGAUCUUGGAUUGCAUUGAUAAGGCUAAUUUUGCCCGCCACCCUCCUGUCGCCAUCCUACCACUGGGUACUGGGAAUGACUUGGCACGCUGCCUCCGCUGGGGUGGAGGCUAUGAAGGAGGCAAUCUUCUCAAGUUCCUCAGGGACAUUGAGCACAGUAGUGAGGUGGUACUGGACCGCUGGAAUAUUGACAUUUCCCCUGAUGACAAGGAGGAAAAAGGAGACCCUGUGCCAUACAGCAUAGUCAAUAACUACUUCUCCAUUGGAGUGGAUGCAUCAAUAGCUCACCGAUUCCACUUGAUGAGGGAAAAACAUCCUGAAAAGUUCAACAGCAGGAUGAAAAAUAAGCUCUGGUAUUUUGAAUUUGGCACUACUGAGACCAUUUCAGCCACAUGCAAGAAGCUGAAUGAGAGUGUGGAAGUGGAGUGUGAUGGCAUCAUUCUGGACCUCAGCAGCACGUCUCUGGAGGGGAUUGCUGUGCUCAAUAUUCCCAGCAUGCACGGUGGAUCCAACUUGUGGGGAGAGACCAAGAAGAGACGCAACUACAACCGAAUGAGUAAGAAACUACCUGAAAGGAUGUGUGUCAGCACCGUCACUGACGCCAAGGAACUAAAAUUCUGUGUGCAAGAUCUCAGUGACCAGCUGCUUGAGGUGGUGGGCUUAGAAGGGGCCAUAGAGAUGGGUCAGAUCUACACAGGCCUUAAGAGUGCUGGUCGUCGCCUCGCCCAAUGUGCCAGUGUCACCAUCAGGACAUCCAGACUGCUGCCUAUGCAGAUUGAUGGGGAGCCAUGGAUGCAGCCUCCAUGCACGAUACGAAUUACACACAAGAAUCAGGUGCCCAUGCUGAUGGGUCCUCCACAGAAAACCCCCUUCUUCUUCUUCAAGAAGCGCAACAGAAGUCGGGACUAGGCUGACCUUUAACACACACACAAACACACACACACACACACAUAUAUAUAUAUAUAUAUAUAUAUAUAUAUAUAUAUAUAUAUAUAUAUAUAUAUAUCUUCACUAAUCUUAGCCACUGUAUCUGCUGGUGAAGAUGGAGAGGAAAACUAGUACAGAAGUCCAGUUCUUUGAUGAUGGACAAAAAUUAAACCUUUAUCUUGCACGGUCAAAGGACUGUAGUAGCCUAACCAUUAGAGACUUCAGUGACUGAAAAAGCCAACCCAGCAAUUCCUGACCAAUUCCUGUGUGUUUCAAUUUCUGAUAUUCCUACAAUGAGCUGUACAUUUUUAAUCAUUCCUGUCCAGAGCCAGGUUCACCAGACCAUUGACUUUGUAUCAUACUGUGCUCUCUCACUUCCUGUGAGUGGGUUUAUCAGACAAUGCUGAUUUGUAGAGAGUGAAGGGAAAGAAUAUAUGAAGAAUAAACUAGGUGCUCAGGAACAUCUUUAAAAAGAGUGCUAGUGCUAAGGAUGACAAUUUCACAUAUUCACCCAGUUAUGAAAGUUAGAGUGGGUGGGGCACAGCAAAGUGUGGUUCUCAAAGUGUCUACUGAAUUAUAUAUCAGUUCAUGGAGAGUGUUCUCUCAACCACCUCUUUAAGACCCACAACAUGCCACUACUUAAAGAGACAAAACAGUGAGCUCAUCUUUUAUGCAGUGUGUAGUUUAUUGGCUGUGGGCUGAUGAGAAGAGGAAGGCCCUAUCAUUUGCUUCUGACCUAUUUGGUGUCCACCUUCAAACAGCUGAUAUCCAAUGGUAGGCAGUAUCAAUUUAGUAAAAUACAUAGCUUACCAGUAGGUGCAGAUAACAUAGACACUGUUAAGAGGAUACUCUAGGGAGGUAAAACUUGUGUAUAGCAAAAAAGUUUUUUUUUAGCUAUUUAGAAAUCAAGUGGGUGGUCCUUUUCCUAGCCUCAGUUUCUCAUCAGUCUGGGUGUGAACUAUAGGUUGUGUAAACAAGUGUCAGAAAUGAAUCUCUCAGGCCGUGUCUACAAUAUUAAGUAGACAACAUUGGAUUAAAACCAGCCGUAUGGUCCUGCAUGGGUAUCUAACUGACCAUAACCCUAAAAAUAUCACCCUAUUUCAGGCACUAUCUUUCCCAAGAAACACUAUACCUAAAUGCACCAUGAAACCAUCAGCUCGUAAUUUUCAAGUCUGAUGACAGGGUUGUUAAAACACCUAAAUCAUCCAUGUAGGAAAAUAAAUCUAUGUUACUGUGUUUGUGCCAAUGUCUAAUCUUAGAAAAAUAUUCAUGUUCUGAUGGCUGGACACCAUAUAUGCUGUGAAGUAAACUUUUUUUAACCUUUCUUAUAUAGCCGAUGGAAAUGAUAUCAGCGUUAGACUAAAGAUGCCUACCAUCAUGUAUAUGAAUACACAAUAGUUGUAUAUGUCUGAGAAUCUCGUGUGCGCAUGUGUUUUUAUGAUAUACCUUGUAGAGUAAUGUAAUAUAGCUUUAGAGAUUAGUAGUGUUAUCUCACGGGUGACAUGAAGGACUGAUAUAUUGUCCCCGAUAUAGAUAAGCACUCUAUGAUAGUCAGAUAUAUUGGCACUGUGUAGAACCAUGCGCCUAAACGUUAAAUUACUUAAUCUUCUCCAUUUUAGAUCUGGGAUCAUACUAGUUUUUUUGGUCGUUUUUUUUAGUCUGAGAUGAUUUAACUACAAGUUUGACAUUUUUAAGGUAUUUCAGAUCAGCACUGAUUGUAUAGCUGAUGUUUUCAAAACACAAUUCUCCAAAAAGGCAGACUGCUCUGCCUCUGGUUCCCUUUAAUGAACACCAAAUCAAAGAUACAGCAUCGAGGACCAACAAAGUGCACAUUUGUCUAGAUAACUACAGGAUAUGGCUGUGGUAUUUUCAAUCAGCAAAGCUCAAGGCAUUCCACUUAAAAGUAAUAGUGAAUUUCACUAGAACUCCGUUGUCUCCUGUGGUCAUCAGACAGUUGUCUUUAAUGGUCCUCAGGUGCUUAAAGAAUGUUGGUUUGGUUAUGAGUGCAUGUUUACAAUUUCAUUUCAUUUUACAAUUUAGAAUAAUGUUUGUUGUAUAGAUAUUUUAUCUAACGUGACACCACUGCAUGCCUACUGAAGCAAAGAAGACAACGAUGUCUGCUCGAAGAGAGACCAUGUUGAUUGUCACAAAAGUCUGCCACCUUCUCAUGAUUAUAUUCCUAGACUUUUUAUAUUUUUGCUUAAUAUUUGUAGCCUACUGUCUUUAUUCAUUGUGUUUACCCAUAAUAUGUUUGAAACAUGUUCAUGGUAAAAAAAAAAAAAAGCACCAAUGUGGCUGUCCUUUGUUAGGUUCUCUUUGUUAGGAGAAAUGUCUGGCAUUCAGAUAACGUGUCAAGAGGGAACAAAAGUAACAUUCUUCCCAUGGGCAUCCACAUCCCAAAAACAUACCAAUGUCAUGCUAUUUCUAGUAGUUCUGAACAAGAAACACAAAAAAGCAUUUGCCUGAAGUAGAACACAUGCAAUACAAAUUGAAAAUUCAACCAAAAAGUCUUUGAGUUUUUGUACUAUGUUGCAAGAUAAGUCACCCUUUACCACUGUUUGUAUCAUUCUGGCCUUCUCUAAUAUUAAGAGCAUCACCCACUGUGUGUCUUGACAUCACAAAUGUUUUCAGAGUCUUUUGUCAUUAAUAUUUCACAUGCACCCUGAACAUGUAACAUUAUGAUAUAAUCUAAAAGAAAUGCUACUUCUUGUCUGAAAACUUUACACAUGUUAGAAUAUUCUGAUGAAACCCAAUCUCAGAACAAAACACUUUCUUUUAACAGAAACAGAGUAUGCUAUUAAAAUGGCUAGUAUCCUUUCUGCAUUGUUUUUUCCUCAAGGUUUUGACCUUGCUUGUAUAUCUGACGAAGGCCAAGUGCACACAUAUUCUUAAUUGGGGCAGAUAAACAAUAUUUCAUGACACAGAUGCAGCAGAGCCUAUAUUAUCUACAGGUCUGUAUUAACCCAUGUCCUUUGACUUAGUAGGCUUGCUGGAACUCUAUCUAUGUAGUAGCAAGGGUCAAGGGUGCUAUUCAAACCCUGAGCCAUGAACCGAGAUGUGAUUCAAGAGGAAAGAUUGAUUGCUUCUUCUCCUGACCCUUUUAUCGCCUGUCCACUUUAGCACUCAUUCAUUCUAGGCAUCCAUGAUGAUGGACAAAAGAUUUAUUGAAUUAAAGGGCAGGUUGUGAACUGACUUUGGUAUUGUUGAUUGGAAAAGAGCUGCAGAAAUGCACUUAUCCAAUAAUGGCACUCAGUUACUGGUUUUAUCCUCCAUUUAACCUGAUUGAAUUUCAAUUUAAUCAAAGUCACAGCUUUUAUGCUAAUGAUGUGAAUCCCUCUUGGGGAAUACUAUUUAGUUCGGUUAAUGUUAUACUAACAGAACAGAAAGGAUUUCCAAUAUUGUCUUAUGCCAACCUCACUAUGCUUGUUAGCAUAUUUGUUUCAUAUUGUUUCAUAAUUUGACCAAAUACCAAGUAUAUAGAUUAUCUCCAUGGUCAUAUGUCAGAUAGUCUGCAAGGUCAUGUAUCAUGAGAAAACAGAUAUAUUCUCCAGUCCAGUCUGUAAUGUGGAGUUCACCAUUCAUAUAUUUUAUACUCUUCCUCAAGUGCACAUUUAUUUUUAUUAUACAAGGUGACAUAAGUUCAUCGUAAU